GAGGAGUCAGCCAUGAGGUUAUAAAAAGGCCGCGGCUGCUAACGCUUCGCCACCUUCCACGUACAUUCUACCUGCCAGUUCCCCCCUCACGACCGUCCUCUGCGGCUGUCUAAGCAGUGGGUCCGAUAACGACGCCAACACUGGAGCUGUAACAUUAACAACCGGGGUUCCGGUUUAAAGCGUAGCAGCAAGCUCGCAGUGUGAAAUCCUGCUACGGCCUCUGAAACCAUUCCGUUUCGGAGAAAGUGCAAUCGGAUAGGCCUGACGCCACUGCCGCAGCCGCCUCACGUCCUUCCCCACCAAAAAAAAAAACAAAUAACCCAAACCGAAGCAAAAAAUGGUGCAAAAUAAGAUCACCGAAGUCACUGGAUUCCACCGCUCUUUUAAGGGCCAAAAUCCUUUUGCGACAGAUGAAUUCACCAAAAAUGGAUCCCAUCUCAUUGAUUCAACAUUUGAUUUUGAUUCCUCCCCAAGGCAUGACCUACCUUCCAGCCAGCCUAUUGACAUCCCCGAUGCCAAGAAGAGAAACAAGAAGAAGAAGCGUUGCAGGGCAACAGACAGUUUCUCUGGACGAUUUGAGGAUGUAUACAGACUGCAGGAGGAAGUACUGGGAGAGGGUGCCUACGCUCGGGUGCAAACGUGCAUAAACCUCAUCACCAACAAAGAGUAUGCUGUCAAGAUCAUUGAAAAAAGACCAGGCCACAGCCGCAGCAGAGUCUUCCGUGAGGUUGAGAUGCUCUACCAGUGUCAGGGUCACAGUAACAUCCUGGAGUUGGUGGAGUUCUUUGAAGAGGAAGACAAGUUCUACCUGGUGUUUGAAAAGCUCCGAGGAGGUUCGAUUUUGGCGCAUAUUCACAAGAGGCAGCACUUCAGCGAGCAGGAAGCCAGCAUUGUCGUGCAGGACAUUUCCAGAGCUUUGGAUUUCCUGCAUAACAAGGGAAUGGCACACAGAGACCUCAAACCUGAAAACAUCCUCUGCGAAAGUGCCGACAAGAUCUCUCCGGUUAAGAUUUGCGACUUCGACUUGGGCAGUGGCAUCAAACUGAACAGUGACAGCUCGCCCAUCUCCACCCCCGAGCUUCUCACUCCCUGUGGCUCUGCAGAGUACAUGGCACCUGAAGUGGUUGAAGCCUUCAGCGAGGAGGCCACCAUUUAUGACAAGCGCUGUGACCUUUGGAGCCUGGGCGUCAUCCUCUACAUCAUGCUGAGCGGCUACCCACCUUUCGUAGGCCACUGCGGUGGGGGCUGUGGCUGGGAACUGGGGGAACCCUGCCACACAUGCCAGAAUACCCUGUUUGAAAGUAUUCAAGAAGCAAAGUACGAGUUCCCGGACAAAGACUGGGCUCAUAUCUCCUCAAGUGCCAAAGACCUUAUAUCCAGACUUCUGGUCCGGGAUGCCAAAAACCGCCUUAGCGCUAAUCAGGUGCUGCAGCAUCCGUGGGUGCAGGGGGGUGCGUCAAAUACUCUGCAAACGCCUCUUUUUCAUCAGAGAACCAGCAACGCAAGGGAUUUGACCUUCUUUGCCGACAAGGUCAUGGCCGUGAACCGGCAGCUGGCCGAACAGGACGGCAUGGAGGAUCAGCAGCAUCAGCAGCAGGACACCCCCGUCGUGGUCACCGCCGCCGCCGCCGCCACCGCCACCGGGUCGUCCGUGCACCUCUCCCCUCCUUCCAACUCCAAGCUAGCCAGACGCAGGCAGCGGAGCAGCCAGCCCAAAGGGGGGCCCGUUUCCGCCGCCGAGCUGCGUCAGCUUUUGGCCCCUCUCGUUAUCGUGGGCGACUGUGCCUGAAAACUUUUGUAAACGUUGAAAUCGGAGGCCUGAUGCUAAUUUUUUUUUUUUUUUUUUUUUUUCGUGUUGUCGACUCUGGCUGGCCUUGGUCCUUCGCCAUUUGGGCUUUUUCUGCCUCGCUGUAAAGGGGGCGGGGGGGGCGACAGUUCUUCCUCUAAAUGCCUUUUGACCUUCUACGGCACUUCUGAAGCACAUCAGCCCAGGGCCUGCAAGUACACAGAUGCACUUCCUGGUUUUCGUAUUUUCUAAAUUAUAUCAUUUUUUUUUCUCAGUUCAGCGAAAUCCGAAUUUUUUUUUAUUUUUUUUUUCAACGCAAGCUCAGACACCAAAGGACAACCUAUCGUGCUGCUCCCACGUUACAUACAACUGGAUCCACUGUGAAUUAAUUUUGUCCGGAAUGUUCUCUUUGCCUGUAUGUUAAAAACGCGUACUAAGCUUAUGCAAUAUAUGCCAAGAUGAAGGCCGUUCCUUGUUUUGAGGAAUCCACUAUACCGGGGGUCGGAAAGGGGGGGCGGUAAGCCAAUGCUGUAUAUGUGCCUGGUGCGGUUAUUGUAUAGCCGUGGGGCCGGGGUUGGGGUGGCAUGGUGGUGGCGGGGUCUGCUUCUUUCUGGUCUCUGUUCAUAACAAAGCAAUGGAGUCGGGGCUUGGUGGCCAUGCCGUUAAACGCUCCCAUUAGCACUGCCAUGCUAGCCAUGAUUGGACUCGUGCACUGAUGUAAUACUGUUCAGUGUAUAUGAGGCUAAUUAUUAUUUCACACGGGUAUAAUGCAUAGCCCCCCCGCCCCUUUUACCCAAAAAGAAAAAAAAUGCGAUCUUCAACCAUAUCUGGUAUGUUGAUUUUUUUUUUUUAAUAUCAAAGUUUAUCCCAUCGCCACAUUAUGCUUUUCAUUUUUUUUUUAUUUUUUUUUUUCGAAAUACAAACAAUGUAUGCAUCAGUUCUAACCUUUCUGGCAGUAAAAGGUUAGAAACCCCUACAUGGUUAGGGUUUGAAAAGCACAUAACGGCCAAUGUGACCUCAGUGUCAUUUGUUAAUUGAAUACACUUAUUUUUGGACCAUC